GUAAAUUCCUGUAAAUUAUAUCGUUUGAUGAAAUAAAAGUGAAAUUUGACACUAAAAUAUUAUGUACAAAGAAGAAACUAUACCGCUUAUAAGGAUACAGGCAGAAGAAGGCACGAAUCGCAACUCAGAAGGUGAAGAUAAUGAUGGGAGCGAGCCCAACGCCGGCUCGUCCAGGGUGCUCUCCGCGGCUACCUCUCGUGAAGACGACGAUGACUCCAGCAACAACAUCAGCAGUGAAAACAAAAGCCCCGGUCAGAGGUUCUUGGGCAAGUUAUCCCCAUUCCCGGCGAAUGCGAGGCCGGAGGAUAUAACAAAAUCGAAUCAGAGAUGGAUGAAGUUGAGGACCACAGUGCAAUUGAGUUCGGCUAUACAAAAGAAACCGCCUUUGAAAAGAGAAGAUUCUUUUUUGAAAAGAUUUUCGACCAGACAGACGCCUGCCACUCAGGAGACGGUCGAAGAUACAGGCUCGGAGGGUGCAACUGGUGAACAUAGAUCAACGAACCGUCACAGAAGGCGUAAAGUCCGCGCCCCGCGCACUGUCGUGAACCCCGACGAGAAUUUUUACUUCUACUGGCUCUGGGUGAUCACCAUCUGCGUGCUCUAUAAUCUGUGGACGCUGAUCGUGAGACAAAGCUUCCCUGAGUUACAGAUAAUGUGUCACACUUUUUGGGUAUCCUGCGACUGCAUUAGCGACGUGGUCUUCGCCCUCGACCUGAUUGUCCAGCUAAGAACUGGCUACCUCGAGCAAGGACUUAUGGUGUAUGAUUCUCUGAAGCUAGCCAAGCACUACCUGGCCUCGCGCCCGUUCCUUCUGGACAUCGCAGCUCUGAUACCCUUGGAUCUGUUCCAGUUGAAGAUCGGCACCAACCCAAUCAUCCGCUUCCCCCGAUUCCUCAAGGUUUACAGAGCUGUCAGCUGCUACUACAUGGUGGAAUCCAGGACGGUCUAUCCGAACUUCUGGCGCGUAAUCAACCUCAUCCACAUACUGCUGAUCCUGGCGCAUUGGUUCGGGUGCUUCUAUUUCUUGCUGUCCGAAGCCGAGGGAUUCCAGGGUGAUUGGGUGUAUCCUUAUCGUCCGGGAGAUUAUGCAACUCUAACGAGAAAGUACCUCGGCUCUUUGUACUGGUCCACGCUAACCCUGACCACCAUAGGGGACCUGCCGACUCCGGAGACCAACGCCGACACGCAAGGAGGCCCCAAAUUUCUGCCGCGCCGCGGACUGAAGUCCCGUUUACUGCAGUUCAGGUCCAACAGAGGGUACGUGUUCACAAUAGUAAGCUAUCUAAUUGGGGUGUUUAUAUUCGCAACUAUUGUCGGACAAGUCGGGAAUGUAAUCACUAAUAGGAACGCGAACCGUCUCGAGUUCGAGAGGCUUCUGGACGGAGCCAAAACAUACAUGAGGCACCAUAAGGUGCCGGGUGGUAUGAAACGUCGUGUUUUACGAUGGUACGAUUACUCGUGGUCCCGCGGCAGGAUCCAAGGAGGUGGUGACAUCAAUACUGCUCUAGGGCUGCUACCCGAUAAACUGAAGACCGAACUUGCUCUGCAUGUCAAUUUAAGCGUACUUAAAAAGGUCACCAUCUUCCAAGAGUGCCAGCCGGAGUUCCUUCAUGACCUCGUCUUGAAAAUGAAGGCUUACAUCUUCACACCUGGCGAUUCCAUUUGUCGUAAAGGGGAAGUAGCUAGAGAAAUGUUUAUAAUAGCCGAUGGAAUCUUGGAGGUGAUAUCGGAAACCGGACGGGUACUAACCACCAUGAAGGCUGGAGACUUUUUCGGCGAAAUCGGGAUACUGAACUUAGACGGAUUGAACAAACGGACAGCAGAUGUCCGUUCCGUUGGUUAUUCGGAGCUGUUCUCACUUUCGCGUGAAGACGUGCUCGCUGCGAUGAAGGACUAUCCUGAGGCGCAGGAGAUCCUCCAGACCCUGGGCCGGAAAAGACUGCAGGAAGCCAAGAACAUGUCAAGACAGAAAGUCAAGGGAGAAACCAGUCCGGAUAAAAAUGCUGGUGACGACAGCGGUCCCAAGAGAAUAGUCCACAAACUGAGGAGUGAUGUCAAGGGCAUCCGUAACGCCAUACGCAGCAGAUCGCGUGGGGGGCGCCGCUCGGCGGACGAGGAGCGCGCGGGGCGGGGAGGCGGUGCAGCCAACGGGGGAGGGGGCGGCGAAGGGAAGGUGCUGCGACGAAUGAACCGAGUUGAGAGUGAUGACUCACAGGCCCACGGACCUCACGAGGAUAACAAUGGGGAAACAACAUCAGGCAGCAAAGAUGGUGAGAAAUGCGUUUCCCCCAUAGGUGCAGGACUACCAUUAUUAUCAAGAUUAAAACUUCUAAAGGAAAAACAGGAUAGAGAAGAAAAAGUAGCAAAACAAAGGCAUUCAACUUCAUCAGUUGUAUCGUUAAAUAUACAAACCCAGCCGACCCCAUCCACCAGCGCGGCUCCUGAUGAACCCGAAGUAAUCGGAGCUGGUUUACCACUUAUUCAAAGGCUGAUGCUCCUCAAAGCGAAAGAAGAACGCGAAAAAAAUCAGCUAACCCCAACGACCAGCAACCAACCUUCCAGCUCCGACACAAUAAGCCCCACUUCUAUCAAAAGUCCGUUGAGUCCAACAGUUAAAACUUUAAGUCCCAUUAGAAAAGGCUCUGAGUCCAGUUCCCCGGGAAAGCUUCAAAGUCCAACCACCAGGACUUCUAGAAAAAAUUCCUCCGGCUCCAGUGACGGGACUUCUAGACCGAAAGUUAGCUUCAGAGACAAAAUUCUGCAAGUCCAGAGUGACGGUACAGCUGUUUGCCAGCCUCUAAAUAAAGAUGGUAGCGAAAAACCGUCUGCAGUCGUUGAGCCCACACCUAAAACAGAAAGCAAUUUGAUUUCGAUUCCACAUUCUGUAGUGAGUAAGAUAAAAUCGCCAGCGAAAGUUGUUGGAACUACUUUCAGGGAUAAAUUAAAGCUUCUGCAAAGUGGUGGUAAAGAUUCAGAUACGACUGCAGAAAAGAAAGCUUCAUCUUUUGAGAAAAAUCCAAUAGAAAUACCUCCCAUACAAAUUACGGACAAUAAAGAAGAGAUUAAAAAUAAAAAGCCGUGGUCGAAACUAAAAAAGGCCGCGAUUUUAGGUGAAUCAAAAAGCCAAAGUAAAUCUAGCUUAGAAGAAAAGAAAGAUGAUGUAACUAAUGAAACGCCCGAAGUAAUCGUAGAGUCCUGUGUAAAAAUAUGUGUUCCCGUUGUAACAACUGCGGAACUGGUGAAGAUAGACAAUAAUAAUGUUCAAGUUAUAAGUGAUAGUGAUAAGUCGGAAAACCCUAAGGUAUGCUUAACGGGCCCUAUAGAAACCGUCCAGGAGAAAAGCCUAGAUUUGAUGACAUUAUCGCCGAAAAGAAACGUAGCGAAAACUACUGAAACUAAAAAUCUCGGCACCCUUUUACCCAAAGUUAAAAAGUAUAGAUCUAUCGAUGAUCUCUCGCCAGAAUACGGAGGAUUGCCGUUCGUUAAGAAACUCAAGAUUUUGAACGAAAGACAGAAAUUAGCUGAAUUGGAAAAGGUGGUUAAAUUUCGAAGUUCAAGCUUAGAUUGCACCAGUUCUUCGGAGGAUCUACUUUGCGACACAUUAACUAGAAGUCAUUCAGAAGGCAGCACAAUGGACAAAAGGAAAUAUAAGCGAAAAUCUACUGACUCAAUCGGAAGUCAUGAAUCCAAUGAAACCCUAGAAAGACGAACAUUGAAAUCUAUAUUAAAGAAGUUAUCAGAAGACGUGACCCCAGCCGAGAGUCCUGAACGUAGUAAUGAGUUAAGGAAAUUAAUUCGAGCACCAACUCUCGAAGGAUACGCAGCGAGACACUCAAAAUUUGCCAAAAGUGUGACCUUUCAUAGGCACACAUUACCUUCACCUCCGGCUAGUGCUCCCGCUGACUCUAAAUGUGCCGUUUUUCAAAUCCCAGACGUUCCCAUUCAAGUUCCACAAAUAUCGCCUCCGUUGACGGAAGCUGAAGUGGUCGAACCUGAUCCGUGUAAUCAAAUCACAAGACCGAUAGAAGAUACGAUAGUCACCAAAGAGACGGGCCUGAAUUUCAGAACGGAAUAUCAUCUGCAACAGAAUAUGGAUCCGAUGUACGAUUUCAAAAACUUGAGGCCCGAAGAUAUUAAAGUGCCCAAAGAGAAGCCUAAACUUACCAUAAUAUCGGCUGUUGCAAAUCAAAGGAAGCUACUCAGAGGCUCCAUCGAAGAACAAGAGUAUUUUGGGGAAGUUCUCUUGGGAAUCAAACAAGUUAUACAAGGACAUCUACAAGACGUCCAGUUAAAAUUUCAAGAAAGAUUUACAAGUUUAGAAAAUGAGGUUCGUAAGCGCGACGAGAUCAUCAGCCAACUGCAGAAGAGGAUUCAGGAACUCGAGCGGCUCGGGCUCGCGUCCAGCGCGGGGGCGGUGCCUCUGGAACUACCUGUCGCUGUCAGCAUGAAGAACAGCUCCGGGAGUGAAGAAGAAGAAGACCUUGAAGAAGGAUUUAUGAGAGGUGAUUCUUUAGACACGGUAUUCGCCUCAUCUCCACCAACAGCCAGCGCUGAAGACGACAGUGCAGCGAGACCGGAACAGUCCCACGAGGAGAUCCCCGAGAGCAUCAGCGACGAGAAAUUAUCAGAAAUGACUGAAGGCAUCGAGUUAGAAAAGCUUUCGUACUCAGAGCUGCAGAGCUUGGCUGAGUCUUUGACGAAAGGCGACAAAAGCUCUUCGAGUAAAGAGGAGUGGUCUAUUAGCAAGUCGAAAAGAAUGGACUUGAACCUGGAUGGGAAAGCGGGAACUUAUUCGAGGAAGCGGGCUGCUAAAUUGAGACAGAGAAAGUCUUGGGAAGAUCAGAGCGAUCAAGAGAGUGUUGAAAUGCAUGAUCUCACGAGGCCAUUAUCCCCGCACACAAUGUCCGAAGACCGCUCCUUGCUGAGUCCAGAACAGUCCAGCCUCCGCAGCAGCAGAAGAACCACUCCCUUCCACUUCUUCGGCUCGCAUCUCGACAACACCAAAUCAAAAAUCAAAAAGACCUUGUCUGUUGACACCGGAAUGCAUCACACGGGCAGGAAUGAUAGAAAACAAUCUGGUAAACGCGAACAUCGGAAGUUCAGUCUCGGUUCGUUCUUUGGACAACAGCGUCGACCCGUCGCCAGGACUCACGACGACGUGGUGCUGGACAUGGGCAGUGACCUCAGCUGGACAGAUUCAUUAUCAACAUCUUCCAGUAGCGACUCCGAGUCUCCGCCGCGGACGCCCGCCUUCGAGGAAUUCGCGAGUCGGUCCCGACACGCCCCAGUCAGCAGGUUGUCAGGGAGUGGCGGAGACUGGGAGGUGAUGAUGCUGGCCGACGAACUAGAGAAGAGAGAACGAGAAGAAGCCAGAAGACACCAGUACGAGACCACACUGCGGGAGCUUGAAGAGGAAUCAGACACACCACUACGUGAUGAAAGCCCAGAGCGGUCACCGGCCUCUGUACCACUGCUCCCGCAAUCAUCUUACUUGCAAAGAACUCCUACGAGACAGUACAGAGUCGCUUCAUUGGUUGAACCGCUAGGACCAGAGUCCUCGCUCCGACAAUCAAGAGGGCUGAUCCUCCGAGCAGCGAGUCUUGAUCGAGAAACCACUCCAUCCUCGGAAACUCGUCGAUUCGGCUCCCUGAAGAACACCAGCACAGAAUCGCAUAAGCGACUCUGAUCCGUCACGCAACAUGGACUCAAAACAGAGCCCAAAUGGAGUCCACUAAACAACAAAAAUGUUCCCUCUCUCUGCUACUCGAAAAUUGAAGAAUGUUCUAGAGAUAUAUCUACAUCAGACGACACGAGAGGUAAUGAUAGCGAAACUGAUACAUGCGUGAUAGAUGAUGCAAAAGAAACACAACAAAAAAAUCCAUUAAAAUUUGAAUCUUAUUUAAAUAAUGAUAAUGUAGAUUUUACGAAUGAUGAAUUAGAACACUCGAACGAAACAAUACGUGAGAAUUGGGCUUUUAAUGGUGAAGCAAAUUUCAAAUUAUUAAGUAACGACAGGGAAAAUACGACAGAUACCGCAAAGGCUAAUGUCGUUGAACAUAACGAAUGUUCUGGUGAUGGGAAACAAAACGUUAGGGACGGCAAUGAACACAAAAAUACAGGUAAUAAUAGUAGAGCCGUUGAAAAUGUUAACAGCGAUUCCGCCGAUGCAUUUAGAAACGUGAGUGAUGAACGAGAGAAUAUUGAUCAAAACACGAAUGAGCAUCAAGAUGGCGGUCAGCUUUUGGUAAUUAUCAUUUUUUACGAUGAUCACGAUUUAAUAUUGUUUCUUGUGGUACAUUGAGAUUUUGCACGUUGCGUUGUCAGUCGAUCCAGUCUUGAAUAAGAUUACAUAGAUUAAAUUCCUUCACUAUAAAUUUAUGGAUCAAAAGAUCAAAAGGUAAGUUACAUAA